AGAGUUUAUGAAUGAAAAUUUAAUCUGAAAAAGAAGAAAAAUUUAUUUAGGCACUAAAAACAAAAUUAUUUUGAGCAGAGACGUUGUGGCAGACGCAUAAUUAAUCUGAUUGUUCAUUUGCUGCUUUUUUUUUUUGUAAUUUUCGGUUCUUUUCACAAUUACUGCAAUGAUUGUGCGUGUUAUUUGUCUCAGAGCGUGAGAGUGUGACCAAAGAAUGUGAAGAACAGAAGCAGCAACAGCAGAGCAGUAUAUUUGUUUUAUUUAGAACUUUAUCAAUUUCAAGGGUCGAAACGAAUUGGCAAAGAAUAACAGACGAAAACAUGAUUUUAAAAAAUGGUUUCCAACAGCAACAACAAGAUAACAAAGGCACCUUUGUUCAUCCACAUAAGUUAAGCCGUUUAAUUAGUAUUCGUAAUCGCACGAUUUCUAUUUAUAACUGUAAACAUACCUCCUACUCCCUCUCUUUGUGUUCCUCUUUAACGUAUACUACCGGUUAUUUAAGAAGAAAAACGUGUCAUGGCGGUUGUUGUGCGUGCGUAAACGUGCAUUUUGUACUUUUUGUUUUCAUUAAUUUGUUUUUAAAAUCGUGCUGUGGCCAGUUAUUAAUCAAUGUACAAAAUCAGGGCGGUGAAGUUAUACAGGAGAGCAUUACAUCUAACGUUAGCGAAGAUGUAAUAACUUUAGAGUUUCAAAAAACCGAUGGCACAUUAAUAACACAGAUCAUUGACUUUCGGAAUGAAGUUCGCAUACUUAAGGCUUUGGUAUUAGGCGAAGAGGAACGUGGACAAAGUUUAUAUCAAGUCAUGUGUUUCGUAACGAAAUUUAUUAAAGGUGAUUUUAUAUCAUCGGAUGCUAUGGCAAAACUAAGGCAAAAAAAUCCCAGUACGAUACGUAUACCGGAAGAAGAUAAGGGCAAAGAGGCCUUCAUAAUGACUUCAUGGGUACAUUUGAAUCGUUCGAUGGCCAUAUCGCGGCAUUUAAUGACCGUUUGCAGUGAAGCCUUGGAUGCCACAUAUAUCCGAAAUGUAGAUCUAAAAGCUUGGGCAGAAUUACCAGGUUCAUCUAUUUCUAAUUUGGAAGCAGCCACCGAGAAAUUUCCCGAUACCUUAACUUCACGUUGCAGCGAAGUUACUAGCCUUUGGGCGCCUUGUCUAUGUUCUUUAGAAACUUGCAUUGGUUGGUAUCCGUGCGGUUUGAAAUAUUGCAAAGGUAAACAAGGCGACUCGUCAGCAGCUGCUCAGACCAACUAUCGUUGUGGCAUUAAAACAUGCCGGAAAUGCAGUCAAUUUACUUAUUAUGUUCGGCAAAAACAACUAUGCCUCUGGGAUGAAUGACGAGAAAUGAAUACUAAAAGUACUUUAUGUACGAAUCUAAUCUUAUGCUCAGUGUACAAAAAUUUAAAGACAAUAACCAUCGAUAGGCCAUCAACUAUUAAGCCGACUGCUAUUGCCAAUGUUUUGUGGCAGAAUUUCUUUCACAAUAACUUCUACCGUUUCGUUAAUAUGUGGCCAAGUGUUGUCUUCUAUUUAGGUUCAUCGGAAUUUGCCGGAAAAAAUCAAGAUGAAAAUUCAAUUGCAAUGAAUAAUAAUUACAGAUAACCGUUGGGAGACUUUUAAUUUUAUGCGAAAACUAUCAACGAUAACCGAAUGAAAUUCAACGAAAAAUACGGCGAAAAGAAAUAAGCACAUGGACUACUUUUGGUGUGCGCGUGUGAAUGUGUGUAUAUAUUGAAUAUUACUUCUUUUUUUUUUUCUAAAUACUCUCUUAAAGCGUUAAGUUUCGAACAUAUUUUUGGCCUUUUUUUUCCUAAUUGAUGAAGAAUCCGGGCAGAUAAGUUGUUUGCACUUGGCAUGAAUUGAACGAGGGAAAGAAUGUAAGUAAUUUAGUAAAUCAAUCAUUUCCGAAGCACUAAGACUGAAUGCUCCACACUUUCGGUAUCUUCAUGUCGAAGCUUAUUGCUUAAUGGGAAAUAGAACAAAGGCUUCGAUGUUUGUGGUGCUGUAAAGUGCGUAGUUUAAAUUCAAUGUUCCGCUGACUUGUCAUUUCGUUUGCAAGCGAAAUAGAUAGUGCAGAAAUUGUAAUUUCGAAAUUCGUUAUCAACGUGUCUUAUUGUUCACACUUCAGAAGAAACAAAAAGAAACAAUUACGUGUUGUUUUAAAAGCUGCUGCAUGGCCUCGUUACGCGCCGAACAAAAAAUGAUUGCGUGGGUCACGAACUGUCAAAACAACAUUGAUUGUAUGCAUUUAAAUUUGGAUGAACAUAUCAUCUGCUUCGCGUUGUGCGUGAACGCAAAUUCUUGACAAACUUUUAAAAUUUCUCUGUGCGUCGUUUUUUGAUAGACACAACAGUGAUGUAUUCAUGAAAGCAAAAUCAAAUCGCACGGUUCAUUUCCCAAGCACUAUAUGAUUUUAGAGCAUUGUGCCCAGCACUUUAGAUGGAAAAACCGAGUUGGAACGGUGUUAUAUAAGAAUUGCGCGAAGCUUGAUCGCUAAAAGGGGAGCUUUGUAUUUUCGAAUACAUAUUUUGUUUUUCAAAUUUAAAAUUAUGGGUCAGCUGUUUGUAAGUGAGACAAUUACAGCCGUUUUCUCCUACAAAUGUAACUCUGAGCAAUCAAUAUUAAAACAUAUCUUGAGCUAUUUAGCUUUCGGCUGAUUUGAUAGCUAUGAGAUUAUGUAUCUCGCAGAUAUUGGGCGUACGCGAUGAAAAGAACUCAUAACUCGAAAAUGAAACUUAAUAUUCGCGUUACCUGCAGUAGGUUUAAAAAUUUCUCAAAAAAAUUGUAGACUAAUGCAUAUUUCUAUUACAGCGCUUCAGUCGUUGUACAUGUGCCAAUUUAUUAAGACAUUGCCCAUAUACUUUGUCUUCAAUUUUUCAGAUUUCUUGGUAUUAGCUCUUGUCGUAGAACACGCUCCGGGCCAACGUCCGGAAAGUAAGUUGGGCAUUUCCACAAUUGUUGAUCGUAUAGAGGUUAGGGAGUUGCAAAAACAUUUAAUUCUGACUGAAAGUUCAGGACAAACUUUUAAAAAAAUAAAAAAUGUUUGCAGCUCUGAAAAGUUUAAGAAAUAUAACAUUUGAGAGCUAUGCACCUCACACAUGUCAAAAAUUUGCUGAGGAUAUUGAGAGAAGACUCACGUAAAACUCUAUAGAAAAUGAAAAUUUUUAGUUUAAAAAUUUUUUUGAAUAAUACGAGCGAUUAAAAAAAUUAAGAGAUUGGGAGCCAUAUGAAGUCGAAACAUAUUAAAUACGCCUGUAAAGAGGAUAACGAAAGAGCUCUAUAUAUGAAGACAUCGAAAAAGCUCUGCAUUGUGUCAAGAUAGUAGUUGUUUUCCAACCGAGAGAAAAUCGCAAACAAGCUGCAAUUCACAAUUCUUAAGCAGAAACGAAAUGAAAAUUCUUUAUAGUUACUGUUCAUCACUGUAAAUGAUCAUUGAAUAGACUUUACGUAGCAUGCAGGCUUCUUUUCUUUGGUAGUAGAAGGAACUUUAGCGUGAAGCUUUGAAAAUAGGUUUCAUUUUAGUCUGUCUUUCGACGGAAUGUCAAAAAAUUGUGCCAAACAUAGGGCUGAGUUUAUAGUACAACAUCGUCCAUUUUUUUUUUUAAAGACUGGUCUGCAUGACAAAAUGAUAGUAAGUGCUUUCUGUCAACCAACUUACCUGCCUAGCUAUCUUUACAUUAACAAGAAACCUAACAUUUUUGGUUAUCUUCUCUAAAAUGUGGCCUUAGAAUAUAAAAUAAAAAAAAUAAA